AUGGCCCGAAAGCUAGUUUUUGUCAUGGAGAAAGAAGACGAAGUCCGUCAAGUCAACCCCGAAUGUUCCCCCAAAACCCAGACUGGUUAUGACCACGGCAGAAGGGGGAGACCACCUCCCUUCAUCGGAUCGGGAAAUAAGAACUCCAGAGCCGAAGCGCACAGAGCCCAAGAAGCCAACCCGGAUGGCUGUAACAAUGAGAAGACCCUGUAA